UGGUCGCCAUUUUUUGGUUCCUGCUUGGGCUUCGUCGAGUAGUGUGUCGGAAGAGUCGAUAAGAAGCUUUUUCUCCUCGACGUCGGAUCGAAAGUCACGACGGGAGCUCGCUCGCUGCGAAGGUAGAGAAAAAGGUGUGGGGAGGCAGGAGGCUGCUAAGCAGAGGCCAUGCACGAAUUCAUCUAGUCUCCUUCAGCGACACGGUUCCUGGACAAUGACAAAAGGGAAGCUCAUCAAUAUAAAGAGUUUAUUUUCUAAGUUUCUCUAUAACUUUGGAUGGGAUCUACUUCUAGGAGCAAUUGCUGCCUUCUACCUAAUCAUUGUUCCCUACACCAAAGUCGAAGAAAGCUUCAAUGUCCAGGCAAUGCAUGAUUUACUGUAUCACCGACAGCAUAUAGACAGGUACGAUCACCUUGAAUUUCCUGGCGUUGUUCCUCGUACAUUCACAGGGGCUAUUGUUGUGUCAAUUCUAGCAUCACCGGUGAUUGCAAUGAUGCAAUUGUUUCAUGCAGCAAAGAUCUAUAGUCUACUUACAGUACGCUUGGUGUUAGGUUGCUUGGUGUUGUCAGCUUUGAGAUUCUUUAGGAUUCAGGUUAGAAGGAAAUUUGGUUUACAUGUAGAAGCAUUCUUUGCUAUAUUAACUGCUAUGCAAUUUCAUCUGCUGUUCUACUCAACACGCCCUCUGCCAAACAUAUUGGCUUUUGUUUUAGUUAACUUGGCAUAUGGAUUUUGGUUUGAGGGAAAUGCCACAAGUACUUUGAAAUGCUUGAUUGCAGCAACAGCCAUAUUUAGAUGCGAUACAGUGCUUCUCUUUUUACCUAUUGCCAUAGAGCUUUUGCUGAGUAAAUCGAUUUCAUUGUUGCAAUCAAUAAAAUGCUGCGUAAACACUGCAGUGUUAUGCAUAGGUUUUACUUUGUUGGUUGACUCAAUAUUUUGGCAGAGAAUAUUGUGGCCUGAACUGGAAGUUUUCUGGUUUAACUCUGUGUUGAAUAGGAGUUCAGAAUGGGGUACACAUGCAUUUCAUUGGUACUUCACUUCGGCGCUUCCCCGCUCUCUUUUGGCAGCAUAUCCUUUAAGCUUGCUAGGAGUGUUACUUGACAGGAGAAUGAUCAGAUACUUUGCUCCAGUUUUCUCAUUUGUUUUGCUUUAUUCCAAACUCCCACACAAGGAACUUCGUUUCAUCAUUGGCUCUGUUCCAAUUUUCAAUGUAUCGGCUGCAAUUGCUGCCAGUAGAGUGUACAAUAAUCAGAGGAAAAAUAUUUGGAGGCUGCUGUUCCUCAUGAUGCUUGGCUCUUUGCUUGUAAGUCUAGGAUGCUCGGCCAUAAUGUUCAUGGCAUCUUAUGAUAAUUAUCCUGGUGGAUAUGCUUUGAAUGCUCUUCAUCAAAUAGGUGAUUCAAGCCAUUUACCAGCUAAGAUGGUUCACAUAGACUCUUUCACGGCAAUGAAUGGCAUUUCCCGCUUCUCUGAGGAAUAUCCAUGGAGGUAUUCUAAAGAAGAAGGAUUAGCCUUGGGGGAAUAUCGGGACAGAAAUUUUACCUUUCUACUCAAUGGGCUUCCUUUUGUGGAUGGCUACAAAUGCUUAUUCGCAGUAAAUGGAUUUUCAAGGGCCCUCCUUCACCCUCGCUUUCCUCCAUUUUCAUUGCUUAAAGAGCCAAAGGUUUUUGUUCAUGGAAAUAUGAGAUACAAAGACAUUUUCCUUGCAAGCUGGCCAGGUUGUCCAUGAUUUCAUAACCAAAUCUUGUUUUAUUUUAUGAAGAUGAUAUACUGACUUGUGAGAUUUUUUAGUCAUUAGAGCAGUAAGCUAAUUUAUUUUCUUAAUUUAUAAAAUAAUGUUCUUUCACUACUUAAAUCUGAUUUGCUCAAAAAAAUAUUUUCUGGGGUCAA